AUGCCAAAGAUAAUCCUCGACAUUCGUCCUCCUCCGGGGACGGGCAUGGACCCUGCAGCCGUCUAUGUUGCUUUGUCUCGCGCGACAAGUCUUGACGCCCUCAACCUGCUAUUUCCUGUCACUUUGGAGGACCUCAACCAGCCACCAGACAGAGACAUACUGGCCAUCAUCAACUACCUGCACCGGCUAGACAAGGAAACUCUCAAGGUUUUCCUCCAGGACGCUUCCAGGUUUACGCCAGCCUCAGCAUCCCUCGAUGCUGCCACCGACGAAGGGCCAACCCCGUCAAGAACCCAACGACGGAGAACUACAGGCCGUCACGGGCCUGGUGCAACAAGGAGAGUAGCGCAUCUUAUCGCUAACAGCAACAACAACUGCUUCUUCAACUCGGCCUUGGCUUUGGGACUGGCUGCGUGGGACGGUCAGCAACUACCUCCUUCGUCCGCUGGUACUCCUGCAGCAGGAUCAUUUUUUUCGGCGUUGCAGCUCUUGAGGGACUCCAUGUUCGACGGAUCCGCCUUGCCCGACCACAUCGUCGGUUCUCCUUUAUGGCCGGACAGUGUCUUCGACCAGCAAGCUCGUGUAGCGCGGACACGCAGAGACUUCGGCCUAGAUUGGAGGUACGCGAACAACUGCACCAUCGGCAACCACAGUGCGCGCGAGGUCACCCCGGAUCAGUCCGCCAGGCUACGGGCCGCCACCGUCAUCACCAUCCCCAACGGAGUUUCAGCCACUUUCCAAGACAACGUGUUCGACUUCUUCCGCUCCUCGGCCCCUACCGACUUGGCCAUCCCAGGCCAGUCCUUGUGCCCAUACUGUGCGGACAACGUUCACCGAAACAUGUGCGAUUGGACUCUACUUCCGUGGACAUCCAAUACCGCGCCGGACAGGAUCUUCUUUCGGUCUUCGUGCGUCUUUCGAGGUCUCGACGGGCGCCCCAUGGCUCCGUCCAUGACCUUCACCAUGGGAGCCGCCUAUUCUCUAGUCGGAGUUUCGUAUUUUCUUCCGCUUGGAGGUGGAACGAACAGGAACCACUUCGUCUCUCAAGUGGCCGGUGGCACAAGCCGCAUGGGAUAGCACAGGAGUAGCGGUUGCCUACUUGUGUAUAGUGGCUUCAUCAGCACCUCAACGUGUCUGUCUCUCCGUACUUUUUGCCUUUGAGGCUUUUUUGCGUGCGGUUUCGCCUGGUCUUCCGUACCUCUUUAGCCUAUGUUGUCCAUAUUUUGCGUGCUUUUACUUUGUCUCUUGCGUCCCUUUCUCGCGUGGGUUUUUCCGCAGGCCGGUCCUGUACAAAAAAUGUUUAUAACAUGUGGAAAAUAAAGAGGGUUCGCUCUCGACAAACUUCUUGUCACAUCCGCCCUACGACGGUGGUAUCACUCCGUCUCCUCUCUUUCUUUCGAUCGCUCGUACACGCGCCAUCCGCGUCGCACCUAAAUGAGCAACAGAUUCGAGCUUGGGACUAGCAACGCCGACGAUACUCGUCGGAUUGCUUUAUUGUAUGGGAUAACAAAAAGAGAGAGAGAAGACAUCGAAAUCGCCGUCGUCGUCUGUUUCUCUUCUCGGUGCCCCCGUGCGCUAGACAAAGAAAAGCUAGUGUACGCGUGAUGAGCUAGUCUGAGGCCGCAGAUAGAUGCGCUGUACGUUAUUCGACGAAACGUCAGAACAAACACACAUGUUCUACUCCGUGAGAAGUGCUCCAUCUUGUUUCGGUACCAAGUGCUGCAGACAGCCUCCCCCACAACAGCCCGUUUCGUGAGAUGUUAUGUUACAGCUGUAACAUCAGCUGAGCUGAGAGUGAGGAAAAAAACGGACACUUUUCUCUCCGUGUUGUCUUCUUUCGUUCGUCCCCUCGACGCAGUCCGUUUGAAGUUCCUGCGUGUUCCCAGACACAACUACCACUGCUGACGUGAAUUGGCGAGUAUCCCAGACAUGACCAGCCGAUUUUUUUUCGUGGAAGUAGAGAGAUCGAAACAAAAUUCAGGUUGGCGCAGAAGGUGCUCAUUUGAGCAACAGCGGCCAUUCUGUAGCUAAGGCAAUGCUUUACUUGUAAUGAUGGCAGUUUUUCAAGGCCACGUAAGGGUGUUCUUUGUUGGCCAAACUCGACGCCACCGAAACGGCUUCUUCGCAGCCCAAGUGGGAUGCGAAAAAAGAAGCCAUCCUUUGAACACAUCGAAGCAGCAGCAUCAGGAGUGGUGAUAUUUAAUGCAUGUCGAAGCUCAGCCGCCCACUGGACAGGCGGGCGAUCAAACUUUUCGUUUUUCAAAACAUGUGAUGUAGAAAAAAAAAAAAAAAUGCACAUAACGAACACUCUGCUCAGAAAACCAUACAACACCCACUGGCAUUAUAUUGAUGGAUGGGACAAUAACACAACACACUCGACCUGGGGGCAAUAGACCAAACCUUCCGCAGCAGGAGCUGUCAUCCCCCGGGGGAAAUGCAACGGGAAAAAGUAGUGAAAGACUGUCAAGCACNNNCCCCCCCCCCCCGUCCCAACCACCCGACGUAAAAACUACGAGACACUAUGUACACCCACGGCAACCUCUUCCGCUGAGUUGGUGGAGAUCCCCUCUGGCCGAAGCCAUAAACAAGCCCCCACGCCACAAGGAAACCCAUACAAGACAUGGAACCUCUUACUGACCGUCAAGCUGCUGACAAAGCCACUUAUCACCGGCGGACGGUGAACAAAGUGCGCGCGCCCACAGAAAAGAUGCCACGUGCGCCUGUUUCAUGCCACACAGCAGAGCAGUAGUAGCGAGUAGGUGUUUGCGUUCUUGUCCCCAGCCAAUUUCCGCCGUCGCAAAACGAGAAGAAAAACACGACACUCCAACAACGCCCAACCGGCCACGUACACCGGGGAGAGACUCGUUAGAUUAACCAAACCAACUCGUUCCCGACUUCUUCUCUUGAGUUCUGCACGAAAAAUGGUGACGGAAGGGGCAUCAUACUUGGCUUGUCCGAGAACGGAAACGAGUUUCGCACAACGACCGCCUUUUCCGGAAUGCGCCGCCACCUUUAUCGGAAUUUGUCCACACAAUCGGCCUAGGACCUGCCGAAAACCCAGACCUCGAAAUACACAAACCAAGCAAACCCCCCCCCCGGCCCCACCCUCCCCUCUCCCCUCGCGGAGCUCACCGGGGCACGCGCAUCAAGCGCCCGGCACGUACAGAACUGUCAUCCUCAGGUAAGAAAACAGGCAGUCCAAGCCUGUGUUUUUAAGAUAAGUCCACCUUCAUCAUAGCAACACCAGCCCCCCCCUCCCCCCCCC